AUGGCGGACGGUGAUUUUAUUGAAGAAUUUAACAUCACCGAAAGUGAUUUAGAUUCUGCUUUUAAUCCAACACGUCGUCGUGGACGACAAAGCAAAGAAGAAGCUAUUUAUGGUAUUUGGUCAACAGCAACUGAACGAGCAUCAAAUAAUGCAACAACAACAUCAUCAUCUUAUAGACGAAUGCCUCAAGGAAUAUCAUUUGUUAGUGGUGGUCUUAAGUCAGGAUCCAAAAUUGAAAAGAAGGAAAAGAAGAAGAAACCCAUUUUAAUUGAAAGUUAUGAUAGUGAUGAAGAUGAUAGUGAUGAAAAACAUGAUGAUGAAUACGACGACGACGAUGAUGAUAUAGAAAUAAUUGAAAAAAAACGAAAAAAACGAAAGGAAAGCAGUGAUGAAGAUGAUGAUAGUGACAUUCAAGAAAUACAAGAUGAUAGCAAUCCACCAGCUGGAUCGAGUGAUGAAGAAAUUGAACCACCAAUUUUUCAACGUCAACCACCAAAUAUUCAAUAUCAAAGACCACCACCGCCCAAUACAGUACCAGUUCGAGACGCGCAAUUUGGUACAUUUGAAAAACAUACAAAAGGUAUUGGUAUGAAGUUGCUAAAAAAGAUGGGUUUCAAAGAAGGUCAUGGUUUGGGAAAAAAUCUGCAAGGUCGAGCCUUACCAAUUCAAGUUGUUAAACGCGAAGGCAAAGGCGCAGUUGGUCGAUAUGGAAAUGAAGAUCCGAAUCGUGUUAAGCCCGCUGCAGAACCUCAACUGAAUGAAAAAACACGAAAAUCGAAAAAAGAUGCUGGUCCUGUUGCUCCGCAAUGGAGAAAACAGCAACGAGAAAAAGCACCUAGAGAACAUUAUGUUUAUAAAACUUUGGACGAUUUAUUAAAAGAUCAAACAACUAAAUUUCAACAUAAAAAAGCUGGUGGAGCAACACGAGAAAAAAUUAUCGAUAUGACUGGACGUGAACAACGUGUUCUUCAAAAUUAUGAUUCCAUAGCAACAAAAUUUGAUAGUGAACAAGUAUUUUCAUUAGAAGAAUUAACACAUAAUCUCGAUUUAGUCAUCGAAUCAUGUGAAGAAUCAAUGAUUCGUGCUCAUCGGAGACAAAAAUUUGAUGAAGAUACAACUGUUGCAUUAAAAUACGACAUGAAUCAUACUGAACAGGUCAUGUCAGAAGAAGAAACAAAUAUUAGCCGAUUGAAUACUCUUCUAAAUAUGAUUAAUCAAUGUGAAGUAGCUGUUAGUCAAGUUAUAAAUGUAUCUGAUCUAUUUUUUCUACAACGAAUCUUUGACGAACUUCGACGAAAUUAUGAAAAAGAAUAUAAAAAAUAUCGUUUAUGGGAUUUAGCUGUUCCUGCGUUGCAUAGUCAUUUAAAACAACAUCUUUCAUCCUAUUGGAAUAUUUGUAAUCAUGAUGAUGAAUUAAUUGAAUUAUUCUCUAAAUGGAAAGGAAUUCUCGAAGAUGACAUUAUCGAUUUGUCGAUAGAUCACUCCAAUCAAUCAAAAGAAACUAUGGAUCCAUAUCAUCGACUUAUAUGGGAUGUUUGGAUGCCAUUUUUAAGAAAAUCUAUACUUGAAUGGAAUCCACGUCAACCUGAUCAUCUAAUUGAUUUUAUUGAACAAUGGGCACCCUAUUUACCACAAUGGAUAUUUGAUAAUAUUCUUGAUCAACUUAUUUUUCCAAUACUAAAUCGUGAAGUUGAAGCAUGGAAUCCAUUGACUGAUCCAAUACCAAUUCAUUCCUGGACUCAUCCAUGGUUGCCAUUAAUGAAAGAUCGUCUUGAACCACUCUAUCAACCGAUCCGAGCAAAACUAUCUCAAGCGCUACAAAAUUGGCAACCAUCAGAUUCGUCAGCGAAAGCCGUUCUUCUUCCAUGGCAGAAAGUUUUCAAACAAAGUACAUGGGAUGGAUUUAUGAAUACAUAUAUCGUGCCAAAAUUAGUUACAACAAUGCAACAAUUUAUUAUUGAUCCUCGACAACAAGUUUUAGAUCCAUGGCAUUGGUUUAUUUCUUGGUACGAGGUGGUACCACUGGCAAGUAUGAUUGCAAUAUUAGAAAAAACGUUUUUUCCUAAAUGGCUUCAAGUACUUAAUGUUUGGUUAAAUACAAAUCCUAAUUAUCAAGAAAUUCAACGAUGGUAUAGUGGUUGGCGAUCAUUACUUCCACUAGCAAUAAUUAAUCAUACAAUAAUAAAAGAAAAAUUAACAGAAGGUCUAGUAAUGAUUGAUAGAAGAAUAUCCGGACCGGUUAAUGUUCAGCCAACACCUCAGCCUCCACCUCUACCAAAUGUAAAUGUUAAUUAUGAAGCAAUUUUCAAUCGUGGUGUUGCAACAACGUCAUCAACUGUUGUUUCGUCAUUUAAAGAUUUGGUUGAGAAGAAAGCCAGUGAUCACAACUUAUUAUUUCUGCCGAUAACAAAUCGUACAUUUGAAGGAAAACAAGUUUAUCAAUUCGGCAAUGCUAAUAUUUAUAUUGAUAAAAAUGUUAUAUUCGUGUAUGAAAAUAAUCAAUGGGUCCCAUUGCGAUUAAACGAUCUUAUUCAUCGAGUAGUUUAA